CUCUGUAGCCGCCGCUUCAUCUGCUCCUCCGCUGCAUCCCAACCAUUCCUCCGUUCACCGCUCACGCGUCUCGCUGCUGCCGCUGCGCACCGGGCCGGACACGGGGAACCGGAGCGGACAGUCCGCGGCACGACCGGGGAUUUUCCGAAGUCCGCCUCGAAAUCCGUGCGCCACCGCCACGGAGACGCAUACGGAGCAAUUUCAGCGCGUCUUUGAAACAAUGCAAUAGCGCCGAGUGAAGUCCACGGGAGACCCCUAAAGUUGUUCGGAGCCAAGUGUUUGUCAUUGCGCGUAAAAAAGAAUUUAUUUCACUUUAGACAGAUAGAUUUUUAUCCAAAUUCUGUGCGUUCCGCGUCGCCGCCGCAGGGAGAAGGAUGGAUCUCUUGCCCCGUCUUCCAGCAGCUCUCCCCGGCCAGGACCACAUGUAAGGACCGGGACCGGCGGAUCGGUCGCUUGUGGAGGAUCAGUUUUUACCUGUCGGCCAGAAGAACCCGAGGUCAAGGCGCUGAUAGAUGCCGCUGGAGACAUGAGUUGUGGAAAGAGAUUCGGGCUUGUUUCUGCCUUUCUGGGAAUUGUGCUUGCGCGCUUCAGCCAGUGCAACCAAGUUGUGCUGCUGGAUACAACGUCUGUGCUUGGAGAGCUGGGAUGGAAGACAUAUCCUAUAAACGGGUGGGAUGCCAUCACAGAGAUGGACGAGCACAACCGGCCCAUCCACACUUUCCAGGUUUGCAACGUGAUGGAGCCCAACCAGAACAACUGGCUUCGUUCCAACUGGAUCUCUCGGCAGGCGGCUCAGAAGAUCUACGUGGAGCUUCGCUUCACCCUGCGCGACUGCAACUCCAUCCCGUGGGUGUCGGGCACCUGCAAAGAGACGUUCAACCUCUUCUACCAUGAGACUGACGAAGGUCACGUUGUCAAAUUCAAGCCUGUGCAGUACACCAAGAUUGACACCAUUGCUGCUGACGAGAGCUUCACUCAGAUGGACCUCGGAGAUCGCAUCCUCAAGCUCAACACAGAGGUGCGCGAGGUGGGACCCAUGACCAGGAAGGGCUUCUAUUUGGCGUUCCAGGACAUUGGCGCCUGUAUCGCCUUGGUUUCAGUGAGGGUUUACUACAAGAAAUGUCCGUUCACACUGAGGAACCUGGCCUCCUUUCCAGACACAGUGCCUCGUGUGGACUCGUCCUCACUGGUGGAGGUGAGGGGAGCGUGUAUUGACCAUGCGGAAGAAAGGGACACACCCAAACUCUUCUGUGGAGCCGAUGGUGAUUGGUUGGUUCCGUUGGGAAGAUGCGUCUGCAGCGUUGGGUAUGAGGAGAUUGACGGCACAUGUGUUGCGUGCCACCCGGGCUUCUACAAGGCAUACGCUGGAAACAUCAAGUGUUCAAAGUGCCCUCCGCAUAGCUACAGCUAUGGAGAAGGGGCGACUAUCUGUCGCUGUGAGAAGGGCUUCUUCAGGGCUGAGAAAGAUCCCCCAACUAUGGCAUGCACACGUCCUCCGUCUCCUCCCCGUAACUUAUUGUUUAACCUGAACGAAACCUGUCUGAUGCUGGAGUGGUCACCUCCCAGCGACACUGGGGGCCGCCGGGACCUCACCUACAACGUCCAGUGCAAACGCUGUGGCCCCGAGCCGGACCACUGCCAGCUGUGCGAGGAGGUGCUCCGCUUCCUGCCGCGACCAUUGGGUCUGAUCAACGCCACCGUCACUGUCAUGGACUUCUCGGCGCACGCCAACUACACCUUUGAGAUCGAGUCGCUCAACGGCGUGUCGGACAUGAGCUCCUUCCCUCGCCAGGUAGCGAUCAUCACCGUCAGCACUGAUCAGGGAGGUCCGACUGUGUUCGGGGCACUGAAGAAGGACUGGGCCUCUCCGAACAGCCUCGCUCUCUCCUGGCAGCAACCGGAGCAGACGGCACUUCCCAUCCUGGACUACGAGAUCAAAUAUUAUGAAAAGGAACACGAGCAGCUGAGCUACUCGUCUACGCGAACCAAGGCUCCCAGUGUGAUCAUCUCAGGUUUGAAACCAGCGACUUGGUACGUCUUCAGCGUACGCACCCGCACGCCGGCUGGAUACAGCUCCUACUCACCUAAAUACGAAUAUGAAUCCACAGGAGACUCAUCAGACAUCGCCUCGGAUCAAGGCCAGGUGUUGGUCAUCGUCACAGCAGCGGUGGGUGGAUUUACCCUCCUCGUCAUCCUCACCCUCUUCCUCCUCAUCACUGGAAGGUGUCAGUGGUACUUUAAGGCCAAGAUGACCUCGGAGGAGAAGAGGAGGACCAGUUAUCAGAAUGGACACGUCCCUGUGCCAGGAUUAAAGACCUAUGUAGACCCUGAUACAUACGAGGACCCCACUCAGGCCGUCCAUGAGUUCACCAAGGAGAUCGACCCGUGCAGGAUCCGCAUCGAGAGGGUGAUCGGAGCCGGUGAGUUUGGCGAGGUGUGCAGCGGCCGCCUGAGAACGCCGGGGAAGAAGGAGAUUGCUGUGGCCAUUAAGACGCUGAAGGGAGGCUAUGUGGACCGUCAGAGGCGGGACUUCUUGCGCGAGGCAUCAAUCAUGGGCCAGUUUGACCACCCCAACAUCAUCAGGCUGGAGGGCGUCGUCACCAAAAGCCGACCUGUGAUGAUUGUGGUGGAGUACGUGGAGAACGGAUCACUGGACUCAUUUCUGAGGCAACAUGACGGUCACUUCACUGUCAUCCAGUUGGUCGGCAUGCUGCGUGGCAUCGCCUCGGGUAUGAAGUACCUGUCAGACACGGGCUACGUUCACCGAGACCUGGCAGCGCGAAACAUCCUGGUCAACAGCAACCUGGUGUGUAAAGUGUCCGACUUUGGCCUUUCCCGAGUGCUGGAGGACGACCCGGAGGCUGCGUACACCACAACGGGUGGUAAGAUUCCAAUCCGAUGGACGGCCCCUGAGGCCAUCUCAUACAGGAAAUUCUCCUCGGCCAGUGACGCGUGGAGUUACGGCAUCGUCAUGUGGGAAGUGAUGUCGUAUGGGGAACGGCCAUAUUGGGAGAUGUCCAAUCAGGACGUGAUCCUGUCCAUUGAAGAGGGCUACCGGCUGCCGGCGCCGAUGGGCUGCCCUGUGGCGCUGCACCAGCUGAUGCUGCACUGCUGGCAGAAGGAGAGGAGUCAUCGGCCCAAGUUCACCGACGUUGUGUCCUUCUUGGAUAAACUGAUCCGCAACCCCAGCAGCCUGCUGCCGCUGGUGGAGGACAUUCAGAGUCUACCAGAGUCUCCGGGGGAGGAAAUGGACUACCCGAUGUUCAUCUCCGUCAGCGACUGGCUGGACUCCAUCAAGAUGAGUCAGUACAAUAGCAGUUUCAUGGCGGCAGGCUACAACUCAUUGGAUUCUGUGGCCAGGAUGAGUAUUGAAGAUGUGAGGCGUACAGGCGUGGACCUGAUCGGCCACCAGAGGCGGAUCAUCAGCAGCUUACAGACGCUUCGCCUUCAGCUGCUGCACGAACAGGAGAAAGGUUUCCAUGUAUGAGGACGACCAUGAACACAAGCUGGGACGGAUGGACAGGUGGACCGGACGGAAGUGAAGUCUAGACCGUAGUAGAGACAGUCUCCAGCCUGUGCCUGAGUCUCAGCCCCCUCGUACAGGAGGUCAUUGGACAGACUUAGCACAGCAGACAGCCCCCGUGGUCUCCCUCACGUCCAGUAGUACCAGACUUUUUUUCUACUACACACCCCCUCUCCCAGUAAACCUGGUCCCGGUGUGCCGGACUGAUCCAGCCUGACAGACUCUACAGACUGACCCAGGCCCUCACUUAGGGGAAUGUAAUGCCUUGUUGCAGCAGCAGUACUUUGUGUGGAGCAACAAUAUCUAGAGAUGUAGAUUUGCAAACAUAAUCUACUGAAUAUUUUGACUUUUGUUUCCUCUUUUCUCGCUCUGAGUUUUGUGCUCUUGUAGCUGCUAUCAGGUGUGCAAUCGAAACAUUUUGUCUUUUGAGAAAAAAAAAAAAAUACCCUCAGUAUCUUCUAUUUUGGAGUUUAAAGAUUUAUCACAGUUUAUUUAUUAUUCGUUCCCCCGCUCCCCCAGAGAAUAUCGUACGCUAAUACUUGAAGAAAGAAGCAAGUUAUGGAGAUGUCUUGAAUGUUUUAAAAGUGUAUAGACAAUUAAUCGAUAAUUAUUAUCAUAACCUAAUAUCUAUAUAUGUGCAGUCCUGUAUGUGAAAGCCCUAGUAAAUCUGGAUAUUAUUGAAAAAAAUUAUUUAUUUAAGAUUUUUUUUAAUCCAAGUCAGCAAUACAGUGUUAUGCAGUCACCUCAGUAUCUCAGCGAGAUAUGAACAGUGCAAUGAGACAACUCUUGUUGACAUGUAAACAAACACGAGGCUCACGCGCCCUCGCCGUCCACCUGUUUUUAUCCUCACGCUUAUAAGCUCGCAGAACCGGAUCCGUUGCCUUCAGAUAAAUAACCAUACAAGUCUAAUUUUUUUUUAGCAGUUCUCACAGUUGUGUGAUCAGCCUGAUUGUUUUUCUUUUGUUUCUCUUUUGGAUUGUGAAUGUUAUACGUUGCCUGAAAGUACACACAUCUCCACUGUCUUAACAUAUGAAUGUUCACGGAUCUUAGAUACUGUACAGGUUAGGAGGUGUCUUCUGGAAAAGUAAAAUGUACUUAGAUUGGUUUUUCAGGAUUCCCUUUCAUGCACAUUCAUCGUUUCGUGCUUCCGGGACAAAGUUGAACCAAGAAUGUCCGAGCGGGUAGAUCCAUCUCAGGUGUAAAAGCUGCCGGGUGGAUUCGAGCGAAUGCGACGUCUACUCCAGUCCGUGCUAACGUUGUGGUCGUGUUAAAGGUUGUGCCGUUUGUGGCAGUUUGAGGAAAAUCUGUGUAGAAUAAGCGUAAUCCUAAAUGGAAAUCUGCAGUAGAUGAUGUCAGACGUAUUCAGAUGUUUCUGCCAUUGAAGUCUUUUCUUCUUUUUUUCGUCGUCUUAAAUCAAUGGUGAACAGGAAGCAGAAUAUCAGAAGAAGCUAAAGCCUGAUUGGUCGAAAGCAGCGAGGGAAGACGGCAUCAUUUGUUUGAUGUGAUAAGGAAGGAGUUGUCCGGUUAAAGGACUUUCAGGAAGGAAGAGACAGAAUAAGUGUCAACAGCAGCAUCACAACUCUUCAUGUGUCAUUCUAACAUCAACAGUAACACACACACACACACACACACACAUAAUGACAUACACACACUGAAUGCCUUACAGUUCGCAAGACGGAAACGCUUUAGAGUAGAACAUAAGUGCAGUCACAGGACCUAGCCAUUAGUUUGAGUUGUUAUCCAUGUUAAAGAGAGCGGCCGCUCGUCUACAGCUGUGGUUUCUAAGACAAACUGGGUGAUUCAAGUCAAAGGCAAAGUGGAUCCAGAGAUCUGUGCCACAGUCCCUCAUCCAUCCAGGCCGCCAGCAGCAGGAAGGUGCACGCGCACACAUCCCAGCACGUGGACAUAUUUGUACACACCACGCCCACCGUCACCACCCCCUCUGCAGAAUAACGGAGAAUAUCAGAUGCUGUUUGUUUAGCAUGUUCUACUGCUGAGCAAUGUUAGAACGUUCUUUUGUACAAAGUACAAGUAAACUUAUAAUUCUUGUAUCUUAUUUUUCUAUGAUUUCCAAAGAGAUGUUGUAGAUCUUGCACACUGUAAGAGGCAGUUACAGCGAAUAUUUAUUUGCAAAUAAAGAUGAACAGUUCUGGUGGUUGACUGCUCAUUUAA